GUGUGCAGCAUGACAGAACUCCAUGAAGCCGUGGCUUUGGGGGACUACGACCUGGUGGAUGAGAUUUUGAGGACAGGGCGCUGCGACCCAAAUCACAAGGAUGUCGACUGGCAUGACAGGACCCCGCUGCACUGGGCUGCUGCAAAAGGUCAGUCGGAGCUGGUCAAGCUCCUCGUGGAUCACGACGCGCGGCAUUGCCUGCGGAGCGACGUGGGCUGGACACCGGCUCACUUUGCUGCCGAGUCAGGGAGACUGGGCGUGCUUCGCACCCUUCAUUCCCUGCAUGCUGCCAUGGAUGCGGCCGACCUGUUCGGUGACACUCCCAAGAGGCUUGCGGAAAUCUACGGUCACCAGGACUGCUCCAGGUUCUUAGAAAUAGCAGAAGUGGAGAGCAGGAACUAUCGCAGGACAGCUGCAAUGAAGGGAAUUCCCUUAGACCAGAAAGAUGAAGACUGGGAAAUCAAGAAAGAAGAGCUUGCAAGAAACCUACUGUGUUCUCAGGAGACCUACACAUCCUCUGCUCAAAUGAAAAAUCAAAAGAGGAGGAAGCAGUAG